AUGCGGGUGCACUACCGCCACCCGCUGGUAGAGGGGGGUCUGGAGGAGGUGGUGCUCCGCUGGUUCACCGACACUCAGGCGUCGCUCGUCCUGCACGACGGGAAAUUCCCCGGAUGGUUCCGGGGCCUCGCCGCCAGAAGAGACGCAGAGGAUCUGCUGAGAGACAAAGUUCUGGGGACGUUCCUGAUUCGCCUCAGUGACAAAACCAUCGGAUACGUUCUGUCCUACAGAGGUCUGGACCGGUGCCGUCACUUCGUCAUCAGGCAGAACCAGGACGGACUCCUGGUGGUAUCGGGGGACGACCGGACGCACGGCAGCCUGGGCCAGCUGAUCGAGCACUACAGGCUCCGCCCCAUCCAGCCCUUCGGGGAGUACCUGACCUUCGGCUGCCACCAGACCGAAGCAGAUGAGCUGUACGACGUGGUGAGCCACAGGAAGUCCGGGGUCAGCGUCCGGGCUCUGCGAGCCGUGUGGGACCAGGAAGACCUCCGGCGUGACCACAGGACCCAGCGGCAGGAGGUCGCUCCUGCAGCGCCUCCUCCUGGUCUACCGCCAAAGUCUCGAGCCAGGAGGUUGAUGGGAACAGUGUCUGCAGGGGCGGCGUCCCAGGGACUCCCUCCGGUCCCGAGGCGAGGUCUUCCUCUGGGCGUCUCCCUCAGUGGGUCUUCAGGCGGGUCUUGGAGAGACCCUCAGGACAGACUCGGAGGAACCCCGCAUCCCCCGCCGAGACCCGGCAGAGUCCGCACCGACGGCUCAGAUCAUCUGGGGGAUCCGAGUCCACUGGGACCUGAGCGAUCCAGGGCCAAGAACAAGGACAAGGACAAGGACAAGGACUCCAGCUGCUCCUCAACUCCAUCAAGAAGAGUCACAUGUCUCACCUACUCCCUCCACCCACCAAGGCCCGACGGGUCCAGGUCAGACUUGCUGCACCUAUCCCAGUCCAACCCGCUGUACCAGUCCACCAACGGUUCCAGAGCGAGUCCGGCUCUGUCCAACUCGCUGUACCAGUCCACCGACGGGUCCAGAGGGAGUCCGGCUCAGUCCAACCUGCUGUACCAGCCCACCGACGGGUCCAGAGGGAGUCCGGCUCAGUCCAACCUGCUGUACCAGCCCACCGACGGGUCCAGAGGGAGUCCGGCUCAGUCCAACCUGCUGUACCAGCCCACCGACGGGUCCAGAGGGAGUCCGGCUCAGUCCAACCUGCUGUACCAGCCCACCGACGGGUCCAGAGGGAGUCCGGCUCAGUCCAACCUGCUGUACCAGCCCACUGACGGGUCCAGAGGGAGUCCGGCUCAGUCUGGAGAUGGUACAUACGCAGACAUCCCCAUCAAACCUGCUGAACCACCCGAGGACACCUACGAGUCCCUGGAGGACAUGAAAACCAGAGAGUCUAAAAGCAGCGGGGGUAAAUAUAACAUUAAAUGGAGGAAAUUCCUUCCUGAUUACAUGAAGAAAUGAAACGGGCGUUCCUCAGGGCAGCGUUCUGGCUCUCCUGCUUUACUGGCUUCAAAUAAAUCACUUUACACAG